GCCGGGGGUGGGGGGGGGGACGAAGGCGGGGCCGCGCCGGAAGUGACGCGAGGCGGCGGCGGCGGGGACGGUGGCGGCCGGAGGGGGGGCGCGGAGCCGCCGCCGGCCAUGGGGGAGCUGAGCGACCUGGACCGGCAGAUCGAGCAGCUGCGGCGCUGCGAGCUCAUCAAGGAGAGCGAGGUCAAGGCGCUCUGCGCCAAGGCCAGGGAGAUCCUGGUGGAGGAGAGCAACGUGCAGCGCGUCGAUUCGCCCGUCACGGUGUGCGGUGACAUCCAUGGGCAGUUCUACGACCUCAAGGAGCUCUUCAGGGUCGGUGGGGACGUCCCCGAGACCAACUACCUGUUCAUGGGCGACUUC